AUGAAUAAUAAAUCUAUCUAUCUAUCUAUCUAUCUAUCUAUCUAUCUAUCUAUCUAUCUAUCACCGACUUCGCAUUUAUUUCUCUAUCUAUUGCAGUUUUCAUAUAUGUUUACGUCAGUUUUCCCAUCUAUCUAUCUAUCUAUCUAUCUAUGUAUUCAUUUAUCUAUGUCUAACCAUCGCAGUGGUCAUAUCUAUUUCGGUCAGUACAUCUAUCUAUCUAUCUAUCUAUCUAUCUAUCAGGUUGUUCAUACAGUGGUUAUCUAUCUAUCUAUCUAUCUAUCUAUCUAUCUAUCUAUCUAUCUAUCUAUCUAUCUAUCUAAUAAACAUUUCCUUCCUUCCUGUUUUGUUUCUCAGUUUCUUUAUCUAUCUAUCUAUCUAUCUAUCUAUCUAUCUAUCUAUCUAUCUAUCUAUCUAUCUAUCUAUCUAAUUCUUUCACAUUUUCGGAACUGUGUUUGCCAUUUAUAUCAUUCCACCCAUUCUUCUUCUGGAAAUAUUCUUUUUUAA